ACACACACACACACUGGCGUACGCACACGCACACGCGCACAAAACCAGUCGUUCCGCAGCCGUUCACCCCUCGAUCCCCUCACUCUCACGCUCACCGCUCCCUCUCGCUGUAGCCGCGGCGAUUCGUAAGCAGAGUGCGCCCGAGCGCGUACAACACGUUCGCGCACGUACGCGCACGCACUUCGCGCUCCGUUCGGUCGCUUGUCGCUCACGAGCCCCUUCAGUGUCUCACGUGCUCCGCAUACGUCCGGUGGUUGUUUGUUUUCUACCGAAUUCGUUCACAUCACAUACACAUAUACACACACACACACAAACCCGCACUAGUAUAUUACUAUUAUUAUUAUUAUUAUUAUUAUUGUAUCGUGUUGUUUUCGAAAGAAAAUAAAAUUUAUAAUUAAAUAUCGUCUUUACAAAAAAAAUUGAGAGAAAAUCGAUCGCCCACGCAUUUCUUCGUCUCUUUCUCUCUCGCUCUCUUUCCCUUUUUCCGUUUCUCUUGUCAGCGCGAAAAAGGUAUUUUUUGAGUGCGCGCGUCCUCCGAACCGGAAAACCGUCGCACAAUAUCUGUCCAUCCCCAAACUCCGGAAUCACACGCCCAUGACCGAAGCCGUCUGCUGCUGAAACCGUGUACGCGGUUUUUACUUAAUACAGGAUUCGAAGGGAUCAUUUAAACGAAGGUUACCGAAAAGGUUCAAAGCUGGCUAUCGCUACUUCCAAGCUGUAUUCCCAGGCUCCGUUACGAGUAUCCACGAGGCUAUACUUAUGAGCAUCCUUGACCGAACCGUGUUCAAAGUUGAACACAAAUUAUUAUAAUGAUGGAUUUUACGUUUUCGUGUCGUUGAUGUGGUUGGAUAGAAUUUUCCAACCCCAGUGGCCCGAAGGAGGACGGGAAUACUAUUCCUCCUACUUACAUGAACACACCCGACAUUCGUGCCUGUUCGGCCGUAUUCGUACCUGUUCAUGACAGACCCUCUAUUUUUCAGCGUUAAUUUGGGAGUGGACCAAAUGGCCACGCUGGCCGAACACGCGGCUGAUUUCAGCGGCAUGUUGGCCGCUAGCGGCAUGGGCCUACCGCAGCCGAUGACGGCCACGCCGGUGCCGCUGUCGUUGCACCCGCACCAUCAGUCGGUGCGUGGUCCACUGCCGGGCCUGGUGAAAAUCGCUCAGCCACAGCCGACCGCGGUGUCGGCGGCCAACAAGAACGGAUCGCCGUUACAAAACGGCGGCCAGUCCGCUCAAGACGUCGCGGUCGCAAUGGCCGCGCAGCAGCAACAGCAGCAGCAACAACAGCAGCAACAGCAGCAGCAGCAACAACAACAGCAACAGCAGCAGCAGCAGGUCCUCAUGAUGAACAGCGGUGGCGGUAAGCAGAACGGCGCCGUGGAACAACAAGGAUCGGCACCAUCGCCCAGCGGCCGGUCUACGCCGAACAGCAGCACUGAAGGCACGUCGGCAAAGCUGUUCGUCGGCGGUCUCAGCUGGCAGACUUCGGCCGACAAGCUCAAACAGUAUUUCGGCAUGUUCGGCGACGUGACCAACGUGCUCAUCAUGAAGGACCCCAUCACGCAAAGGAGUCGCGGUUUCGGAUUCAUCACGUUUUCGGACGCCGAGACGGUGGAAAAGGUGUUGGCCGUACCCAUACACACGUUGGAUGGCAAGAAAAUCGACCCAAAGCACGCGACGCCCAAGAAUCGCCCCAAGGCCGGCAGCAAGACCAAGAAGAUAUUCGUGGGCGGCGUUAGCCAGGACACGACCGCGGACGAGGUGAAGGCGUACUUCAGCCAGUUCGGCAAGGUCGAGGAGACGGUGAUGCUGAUGGACCAGCAUACCAAGAGGCACCGCGGCUUCGGGUUCGUCACGUUCGAGAACGAUGACAUUGUGGACACCAUAUGCGAGAUACACUUCCAUACGAUCAAGAAUAAGAAGGUGGAGUGCAAGAAGGCGCAACCCAAGGAACUGGUGCAGCCGGCCGCUGCAGCCGCCGCGGGCUUGUUGUUGGGCAAGCGCCCGGUGCUGGUCGGCGGGCCACUAGGCGUUCGCGUGGCCUCUGCUCCGGUUUCGCAGGCCACUCAUCAGCUGGCCGCCGUGCAACAAGCUCAGGCUCAAGCGCAGGCACAAGCCCAAGCCGCCGCGGCCGCGGUGGCCGCUCAUAACUAUAACAAGCUGUUCGCCACGUACCCGGGACUGGCCAGCUACCGUUACGCGCCGUAUCCAGUGCCGGUAACCGCAGCCACGGCCCCACAGCCAGCAGCAGCUGCCCCGCAACCAGUGCCCACAGCUGCCGCGGCCACUCAGGCCGCGUAUCCGGCAUACAGUCUGUCCGGCAUCGACAUGAGUGGCUUCCAAGGGAUCGACUGGUCGUCCAUGUACGGCAUGGGUGGCAUGUACGUUUAGGCGUCCCUGUUGCGUUCUGUGCUGUAUGUGUGUUGGUCAGGUCAAUUUUUUUUCACGAAAAAAAUAAACCAAAAAAAUAACCGAACAAAAACGAAAAACAUUCUCUUGUUGCUCAGAUACAUUCUAUCAUUGAAAUUAUUUUUUUAAUAUUCAACCAAAAUAAAAAAAAAAAAAUAAAAAAAAAAAAUCACUCAUACAUCUAAUAUCCACCUCCCUGAUUUCACAUAAUCUAUUUUGUUUUUUCAAAAUCGACGAGGCUGACAGCCAGAUCUUUGGAGAUCAAUCCGCGUAUGUGCCAUACCACUGCCUCAUUGUCGUGAGUUACUUUUUCAUCGGAUUAAAACGAACGAUUUCUAGUCAGUUAAUAUUAAUAUUAUUAUUAUUUUUAUGUAUCAUUAUUAUUAUUAUUAUUAUUAUUAUUAUUAUUAUUAAUUUUUACUAUUUCUCAACUUUCUAAUAGUAGUGUGAUUAGUGUCUAAAUAACGUGUAAUUAUUAGUUGAUGUAUUAUUUUGCUCUAAAAAAAAUUCCAAUGAUCAGUAGAGAAAAUACAUUCCAUUAAGGACCAAAGCUCACAAGCAUA